ACCCUACAACACACACACACACACAUACAUCAGACAUCAUUUCACAUUCCAUCAGCUUCCUCAAAUCCAGCGAUCCCAUCGUAUAGCACAAGCAGCAGCAGCAUGAGAGCCAAGGCCAUGAAGGCUGCGACGGCGGCCUGCAUCCCGCGGCUUGUGCGUGGAGGCGGCUGCCGCGCGUCCACGGCACGCCCGUCGGCGUCGGUCGCGCUGCUCGAGCGCAUCCGCCACGUCGUCCUCCGCCUCAUCAUGCUCUCCGCCGUGUCAAGGGCCUCCGUGCAGCGAACCAGCAGCGGCAAGUCGUCCAAGGCCUCGUCGCCACGCGCCGCCAGCCGGCACUGCGACUCCGACGCGGCCGUCGCUGUGGCGUGCCGGCGGGAUGACUCCAUCCGGAACGAAGCCGUGGAAGACUGCAUCGAGUUCCUCAAGCGGUCCUCGGCCGAGGGCGACGCGGCCAAGCUCUCCAGCGUCACUGCCGUCGACGCGACGAAGCUGCCGGGAGCGACCGCUACCGACGACGCCCAGAUGUCGGCAGCAGGUGGUGAGGACAAGGCCUUCUUUGUCCUCAACGUCGACGCACGGCGUGAGCCCUAACAGGCGGCGGAUGUAGAGAGUCAUCGACCUAAGACAGGGGAAACUCUUAGAAAUUUGUUCAGUUUGUUUAAGGAAUUAUUUUUGUACCAUCGAUCUGUUUUCUUUUGUGAAUGCUUUCGCUUUUGAUCGCUUACAAAGUGCUUGACGACACAGCCAAGUGUAGUGGUUCAUCGGUGUGCGUUUCGUUAUUUUAUUUUUCGUCUCUUGAUGGGGUUUGAGCUGGAAAGGAGGGAGCAAAGGGACGGUGUAAAUUGUAAAUCUGUGCGUCAAGUCAACUGUUUCUCGCGUUUUGCGCGAA